AUGGCGAUGCCUAUGCAACACGCUCCUGCUCCUCCAAGCGAAGAGCUCUUUGUCACAGGACUUCCUAUGGAUUGCACCCACAUCCAGGCCAAGCAGAUCUUUACUCAGUAUGGGGGCGUGAAGCAGGCGAAUGUUCUCCCGGUGGCUGCCGGGAAGACAGCCGCAGCAGCCUUCAUCAUUAUGGAAAGCGUGGAAGACGCAAAGUGGGUGGUGGACCAUGUUCAUGGAAAUGUCCCUCAGGGCUUGUCGAAUCCGGUUACCGUGGUUUUCGCCACGCCUCGGGCGCAGCGUCCCAAGGGCGGCAUGAAGGGCGGCGGCAAGGGCGGCCCUCCACCGGAGAUGAUGGCAAUGAUGAUGCAAAUGAUGUCGGCCAUGGGUGGAGGGGACUGGGGCAAAGGCGGAGGCGGAGGUGAUUGGGGCAAGGGUGGCAAGGGCAAGUGGUGA